UUACCUCACUUAAAUCCAAGAAGUGGUUCGAAGAAAACUUCGGUGUCCGCAGAAUGGAAGGGGUAACCACACAAGAAAUCUUUGUAUUGCCACUCGAGUUAUUGACCGAGGCUUAUAUGGUCGGAAAAGAAGAUUUUGAAGCUCUUCUAAGAUCAACCGACAGGAAAUUAAAGAAAAAUAACCCUACUGCACCAGUUGUAAAGAACUGGAAAGACAAGAGUGAAAAUAUCGACCAGAUUUUCAAACAAUUAUUAAAGAGGAAAUCCGAAACAGAAAGUCCUGAUUCCAACCCUGUGAUGUCUGAAGACAUGCUCAAUUCACACGGACAAAGCAAUGUUAAAAACAAGGAAGUCAACAAUGCAUCAUCAUCAAAACGACCAUCACCAUUCUUGAGAUGGAGUUUAGCUCAACUCUAUCAUGAGUUGUUCAAAUUACUAACCGCCCUUGAUCAUCUAACAGGUUCCGUUCAACAAUCACUGAGCGAUUCACAGGACAAAGACAGCAGUUUAGCUGAUGAAUCCAUCGGUUUGAGUGCCCAAAACGAACAGUAUUUCAACACUCAGAAUUACCUAGAUGAUUCAAUACAGUCUUCCUAUUCUAAAGAUCUUUCGAACUAUGAAAACCCUGAAAACUCUGACCGACCUAUCCUCCACGACCCCCCAGCACUACUCACCGACAAGACACUUCCCAGGAAAAUAAGUACACAGGACGAAGCGUCUCCUCUCUAUGCAAGCAGUUCAAAGACAGAAAAAAGUUCCCUCCGGAGCAAGAAGCCAGCCAGCAAACUAAAGACCGAGAUGAAGAGAUUAAUGUGUCACUUCAAAAUUUGCAACAUGGGCUGAAGAUUACAACCUUGAGACAACAGUUGCAAGCAACGUCGACAUGCUCGUCCAGCUCAAUAUUACAGAAUCCGACAGAAACUUCACUGAAGAUUUUCACA